AUGAGUAAAAUAACAGUCUCUAGUUUGUUCUUUCUGGUUUUAAUACGUUUCUCUCUGUACGGUCUGGAUCAGUCAGUUAAGUUUCAACUGGCUUAUAGUCCAAUUGUCACUAGCAACCAGAAGACAAAAAUAUGUUUCAAUGAUUCCAUGAGUCUUGUCCUGAAGGUAAAGGCCGCCUCGAACCUGGAUUGCAUCCGUAGAUGCAUGCAAGCAACUAACAACAAUUUAAGAGGAAUCAACUUCAGGAAACCAGAAAAAACCUGUACAUGUGUUCCAAAAGUAAACAUCAUAUACACAGUAACAGCGAUCUUAACAGCAGGAUGUCAGGCUUUUGUCACUCAUGACUGCCCACCAAAAUUUGAAUACGUCGUUGAGAACCACAGAUGUUACUACCUUCAACCAAAUACAAACACCUGGAAUAAUUCCAGGACUUUGUGCAACAACCUACUAAACUCUCACCCUGUUGUGAUUAAUGAUACCGUUGAAAUGACUGCCAUUCAAUCGUACCUAAAUACUAAAAAUUUCAGUUUUGCCUGGUCUGCAAUGUAUCGUACCAACAUCAGUGGGAUUAGCGAACUACUUUGGGGACCUUAUCCAGGUCAAAAUUAUCCGGUCAGCAUUUCCUACUUGUGUUCAUAUUGCCCAAGAACAUUCAGUGACGGCUACUGUAUGGAAUUCUUCAGUGGUUAUUAUGGGCUGUAUGAUUUCCCAUGUUUGGAUAGUGAUAAUGUUCUAUGUGAGAUUGAUAUAAAAUGGUGA